AUGGAUAACCGUCCAAGUAAACAAGUAAUCUUCUUAAAGAAUAAAACAGUACCAGUAGAUAAAUACGAAAUAGCCUCAAAGAAACAUAACUUCGACAAGAUUAAAUUCAUCACAUUAAUAAAACAUAGAAAUCGUCCUACUGAAUUGGUACAGCUAUUCACUGAUAACAAAUAUCUUAACAAUUUAAAAUAUAUAAUCAUUACGUCUCAGAGGACCGUAGAAUGUCUUUAUUUAGAAGUUUUACCAAAUUUGAGUGAGUCUCAAAGAAAUAUAUUGUUCAAUAAAGUCAUAUACACAGUAGGACCUGCUACAUCUGAAUUUCUAAAACGUUGUGGUUUUAAAACUGUAUUAGGAGAAGACAGUGGUAAUGGAAAUAAUCUAGCAGAUAUGAUAAUGGAUCAAAUACCACCACCCAAUAUUCAUGGAGCUACCGCAAACAAUAACAACGAAUUUUUAUUUUUAGUAGGGCUUGUCAGAACUGAUAUAAUCAAAAAUAAAUUGACAAAUAAAGGCUAUCAAAUCAGGGAAAUUAUUGCUUAUGAAACCGUAGCAUUGGAUAAUAAUUUAGUAAAAUUGAAGAAUGAGAUGAAAUUUGAUACAAAUACUUGGAUCGUUAUUUUCAGUCCACAAGGAAUCAAAGAAAUAAUACCAUAUUUAAAACAAAUAAUACUUCUGGAUAAUCUUUUUAAUGUCAAAAUUGCUUCGAUUGGUCCAACUACGGAAGCGUUUUUACUAAAACAUAAUAUUAAACCGCAUGUAACUAGUCCCAAACCAACCCCUGAAAGCCUACUAAAUGCUAUUUCAUCCUAUGAAUAA